AUGAGUAACUUCGUUCCGAUUUUCUUUAUUGUUUCCCUAUUUUUCUAUGCCAACGCGGAUAUACAAAAAAACAAUUUAAAAUGCGGUGUAGUAAGUUAUUUUAUCAAAUAUCUUCAUAAAAUAUCGAAUAUUUUUUAAUAAAUACAGAAUAAAGUCGAAAAAAUGUAUCCCAAUAUUUAUUUCCGAUUCAACAGUGAAGUCGAGACCGGAUCAAUUGAAUUCAUAGGAAUGGUUUAUGAUAAAACAACUGGUAUCACUUUUCGUCUAACUCGAGGUACUGGAGAUAUAGAAGAAUUGGAGAAAUUGAAUUCGGUUUCUAUCAGAUUUGUUGAAAACGGAAUCAAUUUUGAUUCGAAAAACAAAGAUGUAAGUGGAUAUGUAUGAAAUUCUCUAAUUGAAAACAUUUCUAGGGUAACACUGCAUGGUCAGAGCAUAAAGACCAGAAUAUCUUGACACAGCACAACUAUAAAACUUCUAUCAAAAUUCUUAUCCACAAAGACAGAUACGAUAUUUUUGUUAACGGUGAAAGACAAUGGGUUUAUGGAAGAAAUUCUGAUGAGGGAAAAAUAAUUCAAUCAGCUUCUUUGAGCGGUCCAUUCCACCCUUCGAAAGUUAUUUUGUUAGUAGUACAAAUAGGUUUAACCGCAAAUUUAUUUCAUUUUCAGGGUCUGUGAAGAAAAUCAAACAUCUGAACCGGAAGUUGAAACAACAACUAUUGGAAAUAUAGAAUGUUGA